UAGGUCUCUUUUCUUAGAUUUUAGGUUUUCUAUUUAAUUCGACAGAUUCCUUCAUUUAGAUCUCGAACGUCUACAGCAAAUAAUGAUCCCUCGCAAAAUUUCAUUGAAAAUAAGUUUAUAUACUGCGAUGGUUUUAUGCUGAUAAGACGUUCUUGAGUUGUGGUAAUUCGACUUCUUUUUGUCACGCUGGUUUCUCUUAAUCGCGUCGAAACUACCACCCCUUUUCAUUUUGCUAUUCAUAAUUCGAAUAAACAAUCUUAUAGCUACUUAUGCUUCUUCAUUGUUCGUUUUUUGGAGAUUAAUUUAGGCUUCUUAAAAAGGAAAAGGAUGUCCAAACACUAUCUACUACAAGGAUUCUAAUUAUUCAUUAAAAAAUAGCAUAUGGAGGACCUAGGUGUGACACAUUCAUGGAUAAAUGAGAAAAGGCCGAAAUGGGUGGAAAAUAACUCCAAAUGUGUAUAACUUUUGAUCCGUAGACCCACUUUAUAUGGACGGAAAGCUUCUAUGGGUUGGACCCAAUAAAUUUCCCACCUUUGGGACUUUUUGAUUACUUAUUGUUCUUUAUUUAUGUUCUACAUCAAUAGGUUUUUGCACUUGAGGGUUUAUAGAUGGACGUUGAAGGAAAAGAUGAUGUACGAUCUUUAAAUGCUACAGAUUGGCCAUCCCAUAGACACGAGAAUAAUCUAAAUCAAAGAUUUUCACAAACAACCAGAAGUGUUUCAAUAUCCAUUCCUAGACAAGAGAGGGAAGCUGUGGAAGAGAAAGAGAUUAGAAAUGAUAACCAUCAAUUGGGAGUUAAUGAUGAAGAAAAAAAUAAGCACUUAUUGAGAUCAGGACAAUUGGGGAUGUGCAAUGCUUCUUAUUGUACAUCAUGCCCGAUAUCUUGCUAUUAUGAAAGACCACUUACCUUCAGAGUUUCACAGCGGUUUGAUCACUAUAAUGAUUAUGAUCAAUGUCGAGGUGUAAAGGCAUGGAAACGAGAAAAGUUAUCGUUACUAAAACAUUUUAUGUUUGGGGUCAUCAAUCCACAUGCCAAAGUUGUUAGAGGGUGGACUCAAUUAGUUAUCACUUCUUGCUCAUUCGCCACUGUCAUAGACCCCUUAUUCUGUUACUUGUUGUCAGUGAAUAAGGGCUUUAAGUGCAUAGGGAUUGAUUCAGGAAUGACAACACCCAUUGUGGUUUUUAGAAGCAUGAUGGACCUUAUAUUCCUCAUGCACAUGCUUGUUCAGUUCAGGUUAGCAUUCUUUUCACCUGAAUCAAGAGUUCUAGGUGCUCCAGAAUUGGUUGAUCAUCCUAGAAAAACGGUGUUACAUUAUCUUUCUGGGUAUUUUUUCCUUGACCUAUUUAUUGUACUACCAAUUCCUCAGAUAAUCGUAGUAUUUAUCCUACCAAAUUCCAUUGCAUCAUUGGGAACAAAUUAUGAAAAGGAUCUUUUGCGAGCAGCUGUUCUUGUUCAAUACAUUCCAAGGUUAUUCCGAAUUUCCAAGCUUAUUGAUGGCAUGGGUGCAAGUGGUUACAUUCCUCGGUCAGGAUACUCGCUGGUUAUAUCCAAUCUUCAGAUUUUCGUCUCGGCUGGUCAUUUUGUAGGGUCAUGUUGGUAUUUGUUAGGUUUACAGAGGGUGAAUCAAUGCCUUCAAGACGCUUGCCAUAAUUCUACAAUCAUGCAUUGUAUGAAGUUUAUAGAUUGUGGGAAAGGGAAGGAGUCUUGGGCCUUUGAUGGUGAUCAAAUAUGGAAUAAAUGGAAACAAGAUAAAAAUUCGAGUGCAUGUUUUACCGAAGAUGGUUUCCCAUAUGGAAUUUAUGUGAAGGCUGUGAAUCUUAUUGUAGACAAUAGUAUGAUCACAAGAUGUGCGUACUCUAUGUUUUGGGGGUUACAGCAAAUCAGUACAUUGGCUGGCAAUCAAACUCCAAGUUAUUUUUUCUGGGAAAUCCUUUUUACCAUGUUUAUCAUUGGUGUUGGACUUCUACUAUUUUCCUUUCUGAUCGGAAGCAUGCAGAACUUUCUUCAAGGUCUCGGUCGUAGAGAAAUGGAAACAUUAGUUAGACGACGUGAUGUUGAAGAGUGGAUGAGACACGAGAACUUACCAGAAAACCUACGAAGAAAAGUUCGAGAGUCGGAGUAUUUUAUUGGGGCUGCUACCCAAGGGAUUGAUGGAGAAACACUAGUGCAGAAUUUACCUGAAGACUUGCAAAGAGAUGUUCGCCAUCACCUCUUUAAGUUCUUCAAGAAAGUCCGGAUUUUUGCGUAUAUGGAUGAACCACUUUUAGAUGCAAUAUAUGAAAGGUUAAGGAAAAAGACAUAUAUUAAAGGAGGCAAAGUUUUAUAUAUAGGUGGGGUUGUGACGAAAAUGGUUUUUAUUGCAAGAGGGAAGUUGGAGAGUAUAGUAGAAAAUGGGAAUAAAGUUCCGUUGUCAGAAGGCGAUGUAUGCGGUGAAGAACUUCUCAUAUCGUACUUCGAACAUUUCUGUGUUAAUGGAGGAAAAAGAUUGAUUAGCAACAGAACGGUGAAAUGCUUAUCGAAUGUGGAGGCAUAUGUUAUUUGGGCUGCAGAACUUGAAGAAGUAACCAACCUUUUUUCUGAAUACUUCAGGAAUCCUCGUGUUCAGCAUGCCAUAAGGAACAAAUCCCUAUACUGGCGAAGCAUGGCGGCAACCACUAUCCAGGUGGCAUGGAGACACUAUAAGAAGCGCCAAAACCGUGCAAAAACCUCACGUGGUCGUACUAUACUGCAACCACUUUAAUGCUCUAAAUGGUUUUCUUGGUUUAAGAGCUUGUAUUAAUAUGAGUGAGACAUACAUUCCACAGGAAUGGCUGGAAUUUGGUGAUAUUGGUGCCAAAUGCCUCUAAGGUGUGUGUUGACAUUCCUUCAUUGUGUUUGUGGAUUAUGAAGUCAUUAUUAUGAGAUGUAUAUAAUUAAUAUCAGUUCUGCGUA